CGUAUUCCUGCUUCGUAUAACGUCAAAUGUCCAAGUAGGUUAACGGCUAGUACAGGGUGAAGAUAUUAUAGAUCAAUUAGUAGUUUUUUGGUGAAAAAGUGUAUAAAAAUGGCUGCGAAAAAAAAAUGGUCGAUCGCUGAAUUGGAAAGUAUGAGCCUAGCUGAUAUUUAUAAAAUUGUAGAGGAUGUAGACGAGGUACCUAGUGAUAAUGAGUCAGUACUAGAUGAUCUGGACGCUGUUAUGAGUGAUGAAAUACCCAUUACUCAAGAAAAUGCUGACCUAAAUAAUGAUCUUUUCAAUCUUCGGAAUAUGGAUGUCAUUUUUGAGGACUUUAUCGAAGAUGAAAACUGCUCUUUAGACAAUGCGCAGUGGGAAAGUGACGAUGAUAUUCCACUAGCUAGAAGAAAUGAUAUAUUUCUGCCUUGCUACUGGACCAAAGAUACAGUAUACAUCAACAAACCAAGCAAAUUUGAAGAAGAGGCUGGCCCCAAUUUGCCUGAUAUCAUUGAAACACCUACGGACGUUUUUUUGCACCUAUUUCCUGAAGACCUCAUCGACCAUAUUGUUUUUCAAACAAACUUAUAUUGUGUACAGAAAUUUGGCGAUGGAAGAAACUUCGUUCCUACAACGAAGGAUGAAAUCAAAGUUUUUUUCGCUGUAAACUUGCUGAUGGGUGUAAAAAGGCUACCCAGUUAUAAAGAUUACUGGUCGUCAGAUGAAGUGCUCAGAGACUCAUUUAUUAGUGGCUGUAUUUCCAGAGACCGUUUCGCAUGGUUACUAAGUAAUAUUCACCUCAAUGAUAAUUCCGUACAGCCCAAAAAGGAUCAGUCAUCAUAUGACAAACUUUAUAAAGUGAGGCCACUUCUUUCCAGAUUACAAGAGACAUUUCUUUCUUCACUAAAGCCAAAUGAGUUUCAGUCAGUAGAUGAAUCAAUGAUACGGUUCAAAGGCCUCAGUAGUAUCAGACAGUACAUGCCAAUGAAACCCAUAAAGCGCGGUUAUAAGGUUUGGGUCAGAGCAGAUUCCAGUGGAUACAUGUGUGAAUUUCAAAUCUAUACCGGCAAGGUGGAUCACGCUCCAGAAAAGAAAUUAGGAGAGAGAGUUGUUAUAGAUCUAAGUAGAAACUUGGUUGGAAAAAACCACAAGAUUUACUUUGACAACUUUUUCAAUUCUGUCGAGUUACAAAGACAGUUGAUCAACAAUAAAAUAUACUCCUGUGGUACCUUACGAAAGGGUAGAAAGCACUGUCCUGAAUUCAAGUCAGACAAGGAUAUGAAACGUGGUGAAGUCGAUUGGCAUGUUUCCAAAGAUGGUUUAGUUGCCCUGAAAUGGGUAGACCGACGUAGCAUACUUAUGUUGGGAAAUCACAAUGAUCCCUCUGUUUUUGAUACACCAUCUAGAAAAAGAAAAGACGGCUCUCCAGAGGAUAUACCAUGUCCCCAGAUGGUUUGUGAAUACAAUGCCCAUAUGGGCUAUGUGGAUCGCUUUGAUAUGUUGAAAAGUCUCUAUCAAGUUAACAGGAAAGCACAUAAGUGGUGGCAUAGAAUUCUAUUCUACUCCCUAGAUGCUUGCGUUGUAAACAGUUUUAUACUCUUCCAGCUAAGAAGUAACUCUAAGGGAUUAACUCUGAAAAAAAUUCGACUGUCUUUGGCACGAGGUCUCAUUGGAGUAAUAGAACCCACUAAACGAGGAAGACCAUCUUUUGCACCUACUGUAAAUAGAUUCAAGAAGGUGGUACCCUAUGAAGUACGAUACUAUAAGGCUUCUCACAUGCCUGAAAGAUCAACAUCUCUUAGAUGCUCCCACUGCAGUACACUUGAUAAUCCCCAUAGAACUAUAUGGAAGUGUUCGACGUGUCAUGUGGGAUUAUGCUUGAAUAAUUUUUUAAUUCUUUUUUGA